CUCACUAGCAACACAACAUGGAUCUACUUCUGCCGCUCAUCUCGCUUUUAUUGGUCGCUGGCGGAGAAGGCGGGUGGCUUGGGAGCUUCGUCGACGCGGCCACGACAGCGGUGCCAAACUUGGAGGAGGUAUCAUCGGCGGCGUACUGGGAGGCAGUGCUUCCUGGAACUCCAAUGCCUCCAGCUAUCAUCAACCUGCUGUUAGCCCAACAAAACGUUCACACCUCUCCAGAUGAUAUUAUUAUUAAUGCAAAUAACCUCAAGUCUGGCAAAGGAACACGGAAAAUUGGAUCAUACUAUGAAAAACUCAAGUUGGAACCUGCCCAUGAGGAUAAACAUGUUCAUAUUUCAUCACAAGUUGAAGAAGAAGCAGGCAAAAUAUUUGCGACACAUAGAACAAACAUGGGAGAAAAUAUAAAGGAAAUAUUAGUGUCAUAUGGGUUAGAAGGCAAGACAUACUUAAACAAAGUUCUCCCAAACUUAAAGAAGAUCUUUGCAACAUAUAAGCCAAGGAAACAAGACAAUAUAAAGGAAAUAUCUAUAUCAUAUGGAUCAAAAGGUGAAAAGGAUGAAACAGAAGUCUCACGGGCAUAUGGGUUAGAAGGUGAAAAGGAGUUGAAAGAAAUAUCUUUGUCUUAUGGGGUAGAAGGCGAGGAUGUUCUAAAGGAAAUCUCUGUGUCAUAUGGGGUAGAAGUCAGGAAGAGUCUAAAGGGAGCACCUGUUUCAUAUGGGAAAGAACAAGAAGGAAAGUUGAAGGAAAUCUCCAUGUCAUAUGGGUUGGACGAAGGCAAAUGUGAUUACAAUAAAUUCUUGAACCGAGAUGCAGAGGAUCCACAUAAAGCUACAAUGUCAUAUGGAUCUGAACAUGAAGAGGAUCCACAUAAAGCUACAAUGUCAUAUGGAUCGGAAAUUGAAGAGGAUCCACAUAAAGCUACAGUGUCAUAUGGAUCUGAACAUGAAGAUGAUCCACAUAAAGCUACAAUGUCAUAUGGAUCGGAAAAUGAAGAGGAUCCACAUAAAGCUACAGUGUCAUAUGGAUCUGAACAUGAAGAUGAUCCACAUAAAGCUACAAUAUCAUAUGGAUCGGAAAAUGAAGAGGAUCCACAUAAAGCUACAGUGUCAUAUGGAUCUGAACAUGAAGAUGAUCCACAUAAAGCUACAAUGUCAUACGGGUCAGAACAUGAAGAGGAUCCAUAUAAAGCCACCAUGUCAUAUGGGUCAGGACAUGAAAAGGAUCUAAAGACAUUUUCAACAGGACAUGCGACACAUUUAAAAGGAGAGGGGAGUCACCAUGCUCACUCUCACGAGCACGGGAACAAAAAACAGGCAGACGUUUUCUUCUUCCACGACAUGUUGCGGCCAGGUUCUGUGAUAACUCCAACCAUCCCACUGACAACCUCCUUGCCGGCCCUUCUUCCCCACGGCAUUGCCAAAUCCAUCCCGUUCUCCAAGGAGCGCCUCUCCGACAUCAUGGCGAUAUUUGCACCGGCGUCGCUCGCGAUGGCCAGAGAGAUACGAUGGACGCUGGACACCUGCGACCACCCGCGGACGCUUCCCGGCCAAAAAGCAGGCUGCGCCACCUCCCUCGAGUCCCUUGCCGAGCUAGCAGCAUCCCUUCAUGGGACGCAUAACGUCCGUGCGUUCUCGGCUGCCAAUCUGCCCGUCGAUGCCGAAGGCACGCCAGCGUUGCGCGGGAUGUACAACGUGACGGCGGUGCGUAAGCUCUCCGACUCACCGGAGAUCGUGACCUGCCAUGAUCUGACGUACCCAUACACGGUGUACUAUUGCCACACCGCCAACCCUACCUCCGCGUACACGGUCACCCUUGAGAGCGUGGAUGGCGCAAUGGCGCCGGCGGUGAUGGAGGCUCUAGCCGUGUGCCACCUUGACACGUCGCGGUGGAGCCCGAAGAACCCGUUCUUUGAGCUGCACAACCUCAAGCCGGGGGAUGUCGCCGUGUGCCAUUUCCUUACUAAGCUCAGCAUCAUCUGGGUGCGUGGUGGUGAGCAGGGAGACACACAUGCGGCAGCCCGUUAGAAGAGGAUACACGUGCACCUGUGUGGUCUGUUUGUGUGAGCCGUGACACAUACAUCGGUACAUCAUAUGGGUGAAUCUUUGUAAACUGCGUGAUGAUGUUAUGAAAUAAGUGGUGUGUGGAAGUUGUCGUAUGAACUUCAUAAUAUGUGAGUAAAAUGUGUGUGGCGUGUUGCAAUUGUUGUAAGAACAUCACCCAUUUAUUGUGUCUUACAUUGUGUCUACUAGUAAA